ACCCCAUCACCUCCAAAUUAAAUUGAUCAUAUCUCUAAUCAAUAGAGAGAGAAUGAGUUCCAAGUCCUUCAUCUUGCUCGGUCUUCUUUUUGCCGUCGUCCUCUUUUCCUCGGAGGCGAUAACUGUUACAGCAAGGGAUGCGAAAUUGAAAGAAGCUACGAUGGAAACUGGUGAAGUUGACAAUGUGGAGCGCCACAGUUAUGGAGGAGCUCAUUCUCGGAACCUUGCGGAAUGCCUCCACGGUUGCAACCGAGGUUGUUGCGAAUGCUUUCGCGGCCGUUGCAUCAGGUGCUGCAGCUUUGCUGGUGAGGCUGGUAUUGUUGAUGGAAAGCCUCAAGCUAAGCCUAACAAUUAAGCACAUGUUAUUGUGUAACAUUAAAUAAAAUGGCUUUAUUUUCUGAAGUUGGUGUUUGUAAGUUAUGAAUAAAUGCAUAUAUGCUCGUGAGAUUAAUUAUUAUAUAUGUUAAUCGUAUUACAAUGAACAACGUAUAAUAUGGUUCUGAUCAAAGAAA